AUCACAAAGACUGCUGAACCAUGUCCCAGGACUGGAUCCUUACAGGCACAGUCAUGUCCAUGCUUCUUCCGGAGUAAAACAUUCCCUCAGGAAGAUAUUGCUUUCAGAUGUGACCUCAUCUACAGAGUGCAAAGACGGAUCUCAGCAAGAUGGGUUCCGAACUUCUUGAUGAAAAUAAGCAGCCCGUGAGUGAAAACCAGCAUGUUGAAAGUUUUCAGAUAUCACCUGUGCCCUCUGCGACUGAGACGGGACAGAAAGAUGUUGAAGGCUUCACUUCCAAAAUGGGCAAGAAAGAACCGGAGUGUCAGACGGAGGAGACUGCUCAAUUCCAUGAAUAUAAUCUUCUCAAGCGUCAACAGGUUCCAUGUCCAGAGGACAUAAAUAACUUGAAAGCAUGUUUGCAGGAGUCAUUGAGAAGGUUAGAGGAAAAGACAAAGGACUUUAUAAAGGCAAAAAGCAAAAUAUUGGAAGGAAGAGAAUUAGUCAUAUCACAGGACAAAGUCUUAGAGGGCAUGCAGAUAAAAAUAAAGCACUUACACAAGCAACUCAAGCACCCUGAACUAAUUGGGUUCCAAGAAAGAAAGGAGGUCGAUGACUGCCCAAGCUCUCUCGUUCAGAAGAUAGCCAUGGUGAAACUGACCCGGAAAUCAAUGACCGACUACUUAAAAAAAUUCCGUUUCUAUCUUGGGAAAUGUGUGUGGCUGCUUGUCAGACACCUACUGCACUGUGGCUGCUCAUGCUUAACACUUCUAUUGGUUUAUAAACACCUACCUGAUGCUAUCUGGACAUAUCAGCUACUGGACAGUAUCUGCCAUCAGCCGUGGACACACUAACCCUAGAAGAUUUUGAAGACUCCAGACUGGAUUUCUGUAGGGUUACUGUAUUGCUUCUGGGAAGACCCGCACUUUAAAAUAAAGCAUUCAUGAAUGCUAAAAGUAUA